CAAAAAUCGUGCACGGUUUUUUGUCAUGGUUUCAAAAACCUCCGCGCGGUUUUUCCACCGCCUUUCCACGAUUUUCCAGCCCAUUUCAGUGGUUCCGAAAAACGCGGAAGUCAAAAAAGUGGACAUUACAUCCCGAAGCCAACGAUUGAUGCUAGAACGAGGGAUUAUUAGGCAGGCCAGUCCCGGGUGUUUUCAUUUGUUGCCACUGGGGGUGCGUUCGUUGGAAAAACUAACGGAUUUGGUGGACACCGAAAUGAGGAAAAUAGGGGGGCAAAAAGUCGUUCUUCCGACUCUAACUAAUUCAAAGUUGUGGGAAGUUUCAGGUAGAUUGGAGACUGUGUCGUCUGAGCUUUUCAAAGUUAGGGAUAGGCACAACCACGGGUAUAUUUUAAGUCCCACAUGUGAAGAGGCUGUUAGUAGUUUGGUGGCAUCUUUGGCCCCAAUUUCGCAUAAACAGUUGCCUUUGAGGCUAUACCAAAUCACUAGUAAAUUCCGGGAUGAAAUAAAACCAAGGUUUGGGUUAAUGAGGGGCAGGCAGUUUUUGAUGAAAGAUAUGUACUGUUUUGAUGUUGACUUAGCAAGUGCUUUAGUUAGCUAUAAAGAAAUAUGUCACUGUUAUGAUCGUAUUUUUGAAAAAAUUGGGAUUAAUUUCGUCAAAGUUUUGGGUAGUUCAGGUCAUAUGGGUGGAAACUUAUCCCAUGAAUAUCACUAUAAAGCUGACGUGGGUGAAGAUAAAAUUUUGUCAUGUCCAAAAUGUAACUAUUUUGCCAAUGUGGAAGUCUCAGGUGAACAAGAAUGUCCAAAGUGUGGUAACACGUCUGUCGAAAUUAGUUCUGGAAUUGAAGUUGGCCACACUUUCUUGCUUGGUGAAAAAUACACCAAACCCCUCAAUGCCACGUACUUAUCUGGUGAUGGAAAACCCACAGUGUUACAAAUGGGGAGUUAUGGAUUAGGUUUGUCGCGCAUUUUAGCGGCCGCACUUGAAGUAUUGUCAAGCGACGACGAAAUUCGGUGGCCCCCAUUUUUAGCCCCCUACAAAGUCAUCAUUCUCCCACCAAAAGGUGGAAGUAAGGAAGAAAUUCAUUUAAAAAACUCAAACUUAGUGCAGUCGCUUUACGCCAGACUUGAACAGGUCGAUACUUUAAAAAACAACGUCAUAAUCGACGAUAGAAUUAAUCUAACGAUAGGUCGCCGGUUUCUGGAAGCCAAAAAAACCGGCUACCCUUACAUCAUAGCACUGGGGAAGAAAAUCACCGAAAGUCCGUCUAAACUCGAAGUUACAAAUUUACAAACCGACGAACAACUACAUCUAGAGGAAUCCGCUUUAUUGGACUACGUUUCUCCAAAAGAAACUUGUGCAGUUGACAGGUUGGCUUUUUUGCGCUCUUCCACCCCCAUUUGAGAGCUGCCACUUCUUUCCUUCGUUCCGCCGGCUUCAUCUGCAUCAUCCGACCCGGACAAACGACUGGAAGCCGAAUCCAUCGUAACGCUGAGCACAUCGUCAGGUUUUGUCCGCAACCCAGCGACGUAUCUCCGCCAAGUCUUGCACUGUAUGAACCUGGUUUUCCUCGACUGCUCCGUCUCGGUGUACUUCGGGGGAUCCGCUGGCAACGUCUCGCCGACGUAGGCGCCGCUGUUUUUUAUUUAUUUAAUUUUUACUUAAUUCAAUAAAAUCACAUACCUGAG